UUAUAAACUGUUAACCUAUACAAGUAUAGCCAAUUAGUUCUAUGGUGGUAUUCUUUGAAGUCAAUCCUGUCACCCGGAUGAAAUACACAAUCUGAGGCAGAUGCAUGCUUUAUUGUCAACACUCUCAACGCGACGCCCUCCCGCAUAGCAAAGGCGCUAGCGCUUGCGGAUUAGCGGCUCUGAAUGCUUGUUUGUGCUGCCUGUGUGUCUGGCACGGCAUCGACGGGGCUUCGAGUAUCGACCGACCCCGUUGUCCCCCUAACAACGGCCAAAAUAUAUUCCACAACGAGUAAGCUUGAUACGGGUUACACAUACACAUUGAUGACUCAGAUGUCAGGGGAAGUUUUGUGUAUCUGACUGAUUAUAAACUUCGACUGAUUAUCUGAAGUCACAAUUGCAGCAAAGAAGUAUAGUGGCAAUUUUUCAUGAAGAGAUACCCACAGGAGGCUACUUCGAACAACAGAAAACUGGUGAUACAGAUACAGUUCUCGAUACAGAAUACUGGACAGAUUUCUACACCAUGAAUUCAAGGAGAAAUUUGGGAAGCACGGUUCCUGAGGCUUACAAUGGUAUGGCUGUGUUCAGCGGAGACAUGAACAAUAACAAGAGGCAUCAAAGUGAACAGGAACCUGUGCGAUACAAGCGAGGAAAGCGCCGGAAAAGCAUCACCUUAACGCGGAAAGACAUGCCGGCCGUUCGGCCCAAGUCGCCGGCGACCGUGUGGCCCCAUCCUCGCCCGAUGAAGCGGAGUGACUCAAAUAUAUCCCGGGUAUCGGUUGCCUCAGAGUUUGCAACUAUCGCAGAGGAUGAAGUAUGCAAUGACUUCGGAGGAGAUGUCUGGCAAAGUUACCCUCAGGUACCGUGUAGACGGGUGUCCUUCUCGUCAGCUCCUACAGCAUCACCCUCUUUACUAACUAAUUGGCGAUUAUCUUCAUCUUCCCUUGUUGACAAUUCCUCUCUUUCCUCGUCUUUGGGCAAACCUUCUCGACGUAGGGUUUCCAUCAUUAGUCUUCAAAGAAGUGACUCUACAGCCUCCUCACUGCUUGAUUUGAAUGCAAGACGCCUAUCUACAGUAUCUGAUGCUGUAGUCGUACGGAAAAAUGCCAGGUCACGGCGGCGUGGUAGCGCCGACGGGUACGCUGAGCACUAUCGGCGAGUCUCAGCCGACGGACACAGUUUAGUGACUGGAAGAAGGUCCUUUCCACCUCUUCAGCCAACAUCUCGCAGAUAUCAUCGGUCAACAGGUCCAGCAUAUCAGUCUUACCCUCCACCGGACAUGGACAAUGUGGCAAUUCAGCACGAAGGUGAGCAGUCAGGGGAUAUACAGGAAGGAUCCAUGGCGGACACGGAAGAUCUCAGCUACGAGGCUACACUGCGGAGAGCCUCUCUCGCCUCCAUCCACGAGAUGCAUCAUGCCGUAACAUUACUCAAGAACCAAAAAGCCUUAGCAAAACUUCAGAAAGCAGCGAGGAGAAACUCUCGCGACGGCCUGAAAGAAGGCUUCAGCGCGAGAAGAUCCUCAUUAAGGAGAUCAUCUCCAAUUCAACCCGUAGACUCUGCCUCGAGCCACGCCAGGGGCAGUACAGCAUCCUUGGACACUCAUCUAAGGCGAUUAUCCAUAAGCUCUUCGAUACAAGAUAUGCACCAGAAGAUGACGCUGAUCAAAGAGGGGCAGAUGGUGAAGAGACUGAACUCCAAAGUGCACUUCUCUGUGGUGGAAGAUGCUGCGAGGCCGUCGAGUUACCGUCGAGGGAGUUUAGCGGGUGGCCGCCGGCGGAGUAGUGUCGCAGGAUCGCCAGCCAGUGCGCCAUCCAUCGGUAGCAUGCCUGCUGACCGAGGUAGACGGGGUAGUGAGGACUCUGAUUCUUACAACAGCUUCAGCAGCGGUGAUUACAGUUCCUCAUCAUCGGGGUCAUCUUCGUAUUACUCUGGAUCCUCAUUCUCCGAUUCGUCCUCGGACACAGAUUCAUCUUUGGAUUGGGGCACUUCCAGCAACUCGGGCAGUGAGGUGAGCGACAACUCCCGGUCAUCUCACGAGGGUAAUUACUCCAGCGAGGACGGUAGCGGACCCAGGGCGUCGUCUGCAGACUCCUCCACGGAGACCGACUCCGGGAACGGGACGCUUAGCAGCAGCCAUGGAUCCAAGAGCGAGGGACAACCAAAGGGUGUCCCAGAACUGGCCGGCCCGUCUGGAUUGGGAUGGGUGGGUCGAACGUCCCCAAAGACCCAGUCGAAUAUAUAUACAAACACCAAAGAAACAUAUUUUCAAUACCCGGAUACUAUUCCACAAGCCGCUGUGAGGAGUGCGAUAGACACCAGCGACAAAAAGGUGACAAGAGGGCGUGUACAGUCCAAGGCGUGUGUUUUACUUUAAGUACACAUUUCUUCUCAGUUUUAUU